AUGCACUGCAUAAUGAGGAAUGACAUAAGAAUCUCUGGCUCCCAUGCCUCUGGGCUGGCCAACCAUGAGUAUGACAUCUCCAUUGUGUCACUGGGCUCUGUCCAGGCCAGGACCACUGUCUCCCCACCUGGGUUCACUGGAUCCACCCUGGAGAGGGCUUCUGCCACUGUCCACAAAUUCCUUGACUCUGUAUCUAGGGAGAAAUUCAGAAAUCUCCCUAGCUCUGCUGCCACCCCCUUCACUCCCCUCAUCUUUUCUUUGGGUGGUGUCAUGGAACAAAGGACUGCCCAAGCCCUCCACACCUGGGGUGAGGUCCUACCUCCCCACUCCCACAGGAUGCUUUGUAUCAGACUCAGUCUCACCCUCCUUCGCGCCAGAGUGAGAAACUUUGAUCUCUGGACCCAUUGA